GAGGAGGAAGUCUUCUUUCCAACAAGGCUGAAGUUUCAUUUUUAUCACUUCCUUGAAGUCUUCGAAGUUUCAGUUUUCAGAUACAUUGAUUGCGACCUGCGUGAGGAAAAAUAGGUGGUUUUAUUGUGAUACUGAGUUUUAUCUUAGUAAUUUUGAUCUUCAUCUGUCAGCGGUACGUUGAUGGAGAAGGAGGCGGUGUCGCAUGAGGCAGACCGGGCAGAUGGUGUGCAGGGAGGAGCGCCGCUGUUAGACUGCACAGGUGCUUGUUGUCAUGGAGGAGCAAAGAUGGCGGUCCUGGCCUAUAGCCUGGGCAAACGCGAAAUAAAUCAACAUUUUACCAUCAAAAAUGCCAAAUUGAUAUCGGUGGUAGUCGUCAUUUUACUCCUCGUGUUCCACACAGCUUCGCGGUAUUAUGGAGGCGGAGACUCAUGUGAAUGGCUGCUGUCCAGAGGACGUUACUUGGGGGAGAACGUAUGGCAGCCUUAUGGCUGCAUGAUGCACAAAUACAAAAGCAUUGAAGCCAAAACCUGCCUUGCUGGAAAGCAAGUGGUCUUUGUCGGUGAUUCAAGAAUCAGACAGUUAUUUUACUCCUUUAUCAAAAUUAUUGAACCUGGGCGAAGAGAUGAUGGGAACAAGCACGAGGACAUUAGCUUUGAAGAUAAAAGUUCCAAUGUGAAUGUGAACUUCCUGUGGUAUCCAGAGGCAAAUAAUUCAAUGAGGGAGCGCUUAAUAUCAUGGACACACGAAGGUUCAGCAAAACCAGAUGCUAUCAUUGUUGGAGCUGCAACAUGGUCCAUCAAGUUGCACAGUGGCAGCAGCGAGACGCUUCAGCAGUACAAACUCAACCUGACAGCCAUUGCUGUGCACCUGGAGAAGCUGGCAGACCACGCAGAGGUCUACUGGGUCCUGCAAGACCCAGUAAAUGAGGAAGUGUUGAGUGAGAGCAGGAAAAUGAUCACCAACCAACAGCUGGAGAUGUACAAUGAAGCGGCGGCAGACGUGCUCAACAGCAGCAAGCGCAACGGCAGGUCCCGCGUCAAGCUGUUGGCCGCGUCCCGCCAGGCUGCACUUGAAACGAUCUCCAAGUCAGAGGACGGCUUGCACAUGCCUGAGGGCACCAGGAAUGUGGGAGCCAUGGUCCUCAUGAACUCUUUGUGCAACAAGCUACUGAGGCCCAUUGACGGCUCCUGCUGCCAGACGUUGCAGCCCCCAAGCCUCCUCCAGAAACUCGCAGCAUGCUUCUUCCUGGGCUCAGCCUUGGUCUUCAUUGUCCUCCACAUCCUCGGCAACAACCGUCACCGCCGACCCGUGCCCCCGGACGUGGAGAGCUUAGAGGAGAAGAAGCCAGCGACUGCAGCUGUCCCCCUGGGACCAAAGGCGCCGUUCCAGGCCCUUUGCAGGAUGGGCAUCAUCAUGGGUUAUUUUUACCUUUGUGACAGAGCAGAUGUGUUCAUGAAAGAGCAGAAGCUGUACACACACUCCACGUUCUUCAUCCCUCUCAUCUAUAUACUCGUCCUCGGAGUGUUCUACAAUGAGAACACCAAAGAGACCAAAUUACUCAACCGAGAGCAAACAGACGAGUGGAAGGGCUGGAUGCAGUUGGUCAUUCUAAUCUAUCACAUAUCUGGAGCCAGCGCUUUCGUUCCGGUGUACAUGCAUGUGCGGGUGCUGGUGGCAGCGUACCUUUUCCAAACUGGCUAUGGACACUUUUCCUUUUUCUGGCUCAAAGGAGACUUUGGACUGUAUCGAGUGUGCCAGGUGCUUUUCCGUCUUAACUUCCUGGUCGUGGUGCUGUGCGUCGUAAUGGACAGACCAUACCAGUUCUAUUACUUUGUCCCGUUGGUCACUUUCUGGUUUGUCGUUAUCUACGCCACGCUGGCCAUGUGGCCUCAGAUCCUUCAGAAGAAGGCCAACAACAGUGGUUUGUGGCACUUUGGGGUCUUGGCAAAGUUUCUGGGCCUCCUGCUGUUCAUCUGCCUCUUUGCCUAUUCACAGGGUUUCUUUGAGCGUGUCUUCUCUGUGUGGCCCAUCUCCAAGCUCUUUGAGCUGAAUGGAAACAUCCACGAGUGGUGGUUCAGAUGGAAGCUGGACCGAUUUGUGGUGUUACAUGGCAUGCUAUUUGCCUUCAUCUAUCUGGUGCUUCAGAAGCGCCAGGUGCUGUCAGAGGGCAAAGGAGAGGCUCUCUUCUCUGCCAAGAUUUCCAACCUGCUCCUCUUCCUCUCUGUCGUCUCCUUCAUAACUUACUCAAUAUGGGCCAGCAGCUGCAAAACCAAAACAGAGUGCAACGAGAUGCAUCCUUACAUCUCUGUGGUCCAGAUUUUGGCUUUCAUCCUCAUCAGGAACAUUCCUGGCUACGCCCGCUCUGUAUAUAGUUCAUUCUUUGCAUGGUUCGGAAAGAUCUCCUUAGAGCUGUUCAUUUGCCAGUACCACAUCUGGCUGGCUGCAGACACCAGGGGAAUUUUGGUCCUGAUUCCAGGAAACCCUUCACUUAACAUCAUGGUGAGCACUUUCAUUUUUGUUUGUGUGGCUCAUGAGAUUUCCCUCAUCACCAAUGAACUGGCCCAGGUGGUCAUCCCCAAAGACAGCGUGGCCCUGCUGAAGAGACUGGGCGCCGUCGGGCUCUUCAGUGUGCUUGUAUUGCUGCUGGCCAGGAGCAGCACACACGGCGGCUGAUGGACACCUCUUGAUGGUUGGGGGCACAACAGACUCGCCAAGCCCCUGCUGAGGGUUGAGGUGAGGUGCAAAUGUACGACAGGAGCAGGCCCGGGGUUUUAGUCUACUGGUGGCCACUGAAGACGACUCUCUGUUGUGUUGCGUGACAACACAGGGACCUAUGGGAGAACUGUUGGCCAUCUUCGAGCAGAGUCUGUACUUUUUGACUGCUGUGAAAGUCGCACACUGAAUAAAAGAAAAAUACUCAAAAAAAAAAAAACAUUGCUCCUUUCAGGGCAAAGUGCAAAUUGCAAAAGAGGAAAAAAAAGAACAAAACGCUCAACGUUUACAUCAUCUGGAUUCAUUGAAGAGCUGUGAGGACAUUUUAAAAUCUAGAGAUUUAUGUAAGUCCUCUCUUUCAUAACCCCAAUGCUUGCUGUGUGAAUUUUUGCAGCGUUGCUUCUGUUUAGCCAAACCCACUACUAAGAGGUUUAUUUUGUAACAUACAGUACUUCUUAUCAUAACCUCACUCUUGAAAUGAUCACUUGGCACACACUCCGUCCAUAUGGCGAUAGCAAUUGAACGUGUUUUCACUCAGGUGGAUCCAUAAUCUACAUAUUCAGAUAUCUACAACAAAUCAAUUGUGCUGCAUUUUAUUAUCAACAUGACUUUGUACAGUAUUUCUGGUGACUUUAAAAUAGAUAUCUCAAUAUGCAAAAUAUGGACCAACAACUGGCGCGGGUGAUCAUAAAACUGUCAAAGUCAAAAUUUGGAGUGCAAUCGUUAAAAUGUCCCCUCGACAUAUUUUUGCUAAUGUUUUUGUGAGUGACUUUAGAAAUGUUUGCCUUGUGCUGAAAGGUACCGUGGUCACCUGCUGUAGCUCUGAAAUUCUAUGUGAUAUGUACAGUAUUUAAUGAUUUAAAUUAAGCUUAUAUUUUAUACAGGUUUUUUUUUCUUUUUGGCUUUGUUUUAUUUUGUACUUUUGCGCUCAUGACUGCUGUUUGUGAAGGAAGUAGAUAAUUUUAUACCCAUCCCAGCAUCUCAUAGAUGAUCACUUGCCUCAGAGACGCUUUGCGGAGGUUGAGCCUUUACACCCAUCUGUCCUAUUAUUCACUUCAUAGUCUGUAUAUUUGUAUGAUAGAGUGAGAGACUUUAUUUUAUACAGCAGUGCUUCAGCAGCGAUUUUAGUCUUCUGUCCUUUCAUUUUUGCCUAUUAGCUCUGGUGGGAAAUGCUCUGGCUUGAAUAUAUUAUUGUACCAUAGGAAUAGCCGCAAGUAUACAUCCUCCCUCUGCUGUCAAAGCCAUUGAACAUUUUGGUCAAUGAGUGAGUGAUUUUUUUUGGACUACAUGCCUUUGAACAUACAGCUUCUCUCAGUGACUUAUACAUACAGUACAUCUUCAGAUGUAGCCUGUGAUGACCAUUUUCCUUCUGUUUGCAUCUGGGCCACAUCGACGUUUAAAAACAAAGUAAUGCACUGACUGAGCUGAGAAGACACAUUACUGUCACUUAAAGGAAAAUACUGUAUAUUUUGUCAUCUUCCAAAUGGGUGAUGUCUCUUUGCCUAUAUAUCCUCACAGACAAUUAAGAGAUUAGCACUUUUUUUGUAAGACCUGCAUUUUCUUUUCAUCUUUGCAGUGAAAUAUGUUAAAAUGGUACCAGUGCAGAUACUGUCUGUACCUUUAGCACAUUUUUAUUGGGUAAAUGAAAAGCUUUGGUAUUGGCAGAUUAAAAAAAUGUGUGAUCUGAGCUGCAUUUGCUUAUGAAUAUUGAGUUGCAUAUUUCAUCUAUCAUAGGGUGGUAAAAGAUGCUUUUACGAUAGUUUUUUUUUUUUUUUUUUUUACACUUUUAUGUGGCUUCUUCUUAAAAGAAAAACAUGGGUCCACAAAGAAUGAAUUUCUUCUUUGCAGUGGAACAAUUUGCUGUCAGCUUUCUUCAAGGCUUCUCGUGUCAUUUAUCGGACGAUGUGCGGGUUGUGCUCUCAAACUGAAUGAGCCAAGUAAAUUUGUAAUUUCUAAUAACCAGCUCAUCAUAUACAGAUGAGAAUGGCAUUUACAUGUUUCAAUUUCCAUGGAUGUGUGAAGUUUACUGAUCCGUUUCUUCGUCUCUUACUGAUCAAUAGCUAUAAAUCUGGUAAUUGUUUCAGGCCUUAAUAGAUCUUUUUUGGUCGUGUAAAAGCAACAACUAUUUAUACCCCUGUGCAGGGCCUCUUUGAAAUAUGUUACAUGUAAAAAAAAAAAAAUUGUGAUGUCUUAAAAAAUGUGAAAUGUAUCCAUAUUAUUUAUAAAUGCCUUUAUUCUGUUGUACAUUGUUAAUAUUACCUUCAUAAAAUGUGCUUUUGGGCUUCUUUUUUGGACAAAAAUAUACCUUUCAUGUCA